AUGAGGAGGAAAUAUGGUAAUGACGUGUUCCUGGGCCCAGUCGAGAUGGGCAAGAGACCGAGCCUGUCGAGGGCCUCGUCUGUGUCGAGGAUGGGAAGGGCCAGCUGUGGUCCACCUGAGAUGUCCAGGGCCUGCAUUUGCUCGCAGUACUCCCGAGGGGUCUUUGCCAUCUUUGGCCUUUACGACAAGCGCUCAGUGAACACGCUCACGUCGUUCUGUGGGGCCCUGCACAUCAGCCUGGUGACCCCCAGCUUCCCCACGGAGGGAGAGGCCCAGUUCACCCUGCAGCUGAGGCCAUCCAUCCGCGGGGCCCUGCUCUCCAUCCUGGACCACUACGACUGGAACCGCUUUGUCUUCCUCUACGACACGGACAGAGGUUAUGCAAUUCUGCAGGCAAUAAUGGAGCGAGCGGGUCAGAACGGCUGGCAGGUGAGUGCGAUCUGCGUGGAGAGUUUCAACGAGGCGGCGUACAGACGGUUAUUGGAGGACCUGGAUCGGCGGCAGGAGAGGAAGUUUGUGAUCGACUUGGAGCCAGAGAGACUACAAAACAUACUCGAGCAGGCGGUCAGUGUGGGGAAGCACGUAAAGGGAUACCACUACAUCAUGGCAAACCUGGGUUUUAAGGACAUAUCUUUAGAGCGCUUCAUGCACGGAGGGGCCAAUGUGACGGGAUUCCAGCUGGUGGACUUCAGUAAGCCGAUCGUUAUUAAGCUAAUGCAGCGCUGGAACAAACUGGACCAGAGAGAGUACCCGGGAUCAGAGAGCCCACCCAAGUACACGUCAUCCCUGACUUACGAUGGCAUCCUCGUGAUGGCCGAGGCUUUCCGGACACUGCGACGGCAGAAGAUUGACAUCAGUCGCCGUGGCAAUGCUGGCGACUGUCUGGCCAACCCGGCGGCUCCGUGGAACCAGGGCAUCGACAUGGAGCGGGCCCUCAAACAGGUUCGGAUCCAAGGCCUCACCGGGAACGUCCAGUUUGAUCACUACGGACGACGGGUCAACUACACCAUGGACGUGUUCGAACUGAAGGGCAACGGCCCGCGCAAGAUUGGCUACUGGAACGACAUCGACAAGCUGGUGCUGGUGCAGAAUGAGAACGCGCUCUCCAAUGACAGCUCAGCCAUGGAGAACCGGACUGUUGUCGUGACCACCAUCAUGGAGGGACCGUACGUCAUGUUGAAGAAGAACUGGGAGAUGUAUGAGGGGAACGACCAGUUUGAAGGCUACUGCGUGGACUUGGCCUCGGAGAUCGCCAAACACAUCGGAAUAAAAUACAAAAUCUCCAUCGUCCCAGACGGCAAGUACGGAGCCCGAGACCCGGAGACCAAGAUCUGGAACGGCAUGGUGGGCGAGCUCGUGUAUGGGAAAGCAGAGAUAGCCGUGGCCCCGUUGACCAUCACUCUGGUGCGGGAGGAGGUGAUCGACUUCUCCAAGCCGUUCAUGUCUCUCGGGAUCUCCAUAAUGAUAAAGAAGCCGCAGAAGUCCAAGCCCGGGGUCUUCUCGUUCCUGGACCCUCUGGCCUACGAGAUCUGGAUGUGCAUUGUGUUCGCCUACAUCGGUGUCAGUGUUGUGCUCUUCCUAGUCAGCCGCUUCAGUCCGUACGAGUGGCACGCAGAGGAGCCCGAGGAGGGGGCGGCCGAGCAGGGUCCGACCGACCAACCUCCCAACGAAUUUGGCAUCUUCAACUCCCUCUGGUUCUCCCUGGGCGCCUUCAUGCAACAGGGCUGUGACAUCUCCCCUCGAUCUCUAUCGGGCCGGAUCGUUGGGGGUGUGUGGUGGUUCUUCACUCUCAUCAUCAUCUCUUCCUACACGGCUAACCUGGCUGCCUUCCUGACCGUGGAGAGGAUGGUGUCGCCCAUCGAGAGCGCAGAGGACUUGGCCAAGCAGACGGAGAUCGCCUACGGGACGCUGGACUCGGGAUCCACCAAGGAGUUCUUUAGGCGGUCCAAAAUCGCCGUGUACGAGAAAAUGUGGUCGUACAUGAAGUCGGCCGAGCCCACGGUGUUCACCAAGACCACGGCGGAGGGCGUGGCUCGAGUGCGCAAGUCCAAGGGGAAGUACGCCUUCCUCCUGGAGUCCACCAUGAACGAGUACACGGAGCAGAGGAAGCCCUGCGACACCAUGAAAGUGGGGGGGAACCUGGACUCCAAAGGCUACGGCAUCGCCACCCCCAAAGGCUCUCAGUUAAGGUGGGUGGACCACUGCGACAAUGGGCCACAGCAGCCGCGAAUGGUGCUGUGCUAUUGCCGCGAUGUUUCACCUACCCUGCUGUGCCUUUUCUGCAACUGUCUGACCCGCAUGUCACUGCUGCUACUGCCGACUUCCCCCGCUCCCCAAAACCAAAAAUUCCCGUCAGACAGCGGCUGUUCUGUUACUGAGAGAAAAGCCAGAGACAGCGCGCGGAUAGCCCCUACACACACCUCGGACCACCCCCUCUUUACCGCAGCAUUACCGGGACUGUCCACGGUUGUCUCUGGCUUCUCCCUCUCCUCCAGCGGAACGGCCCACGGACCAGGUGUGCAUGGCAGAAACGCGGUUAACCUGGCCGUGCUUAAACUCAACGAGCAGGGCCUGUUGGACAAAUUGAAAAACAAGUGGUGGUAUGACAAAGGAGAAUGUGGCAGCGGGGGAGGGGAUUCCAAGGACAAGUCGUCUCAAGCCCUGAGCCUGUCCAACGUGGCGGGGGUCUUCUACAUCCUGGUUGGCGGCCUGGGCUUGGCUAUGCUGGUGGCCCUGGUCGAGUUCUGCUACAAGUCCCGGGCCGAAGCCAAACGCAUGAAGCUGACGUUCACCGAAGCCAUGCGAAACAAGGCGCGUCUGUCCAUCACAGGGAGUGUGGGGGAGAACGGGCGCGUCCUGACUCCGGACUGUCCCAAAGCUGUGCACGCGGGCCCCGGCUCCCUGCGACAGCCCGGCCUCGCGGUGCUCUCCUCUGGACUGCCCUGA